AUGAUCCUCUUUAUUGGGGGGGGGGACUUGCUGGAAGAUCUGAAGCAUGAGCUGGAGAAGAGGCAGGAGAAGGUCCCGGGGCCCCCCCAGGGGGGAGAAGAGCAGAAGAACCAGGAGCUGGAGGUGAGAAGCUCCAUCACCAGAUGUGGGAAGGUGACCUUCCAGCUGCCAGAUGUUCCUGCAGAGGCAGAGGAAAGAACCUGUCACUUCCUGUGGAGGAGCAGCGCCCUGAAGGAGACUCUGAAGAAGCUCCAAGCCAUGGUCACUUUGGACCCCAACACGGCCCAUCGUGACCUCAUCAUCUCCGAGGACCUCAAGAGUGUCAGACAUGGAGAAGGUCCCCGAGACCUCCCGGAUAACCCGGAACGUUUCGAUUAUUGGCCUUUCGUUUUGGGCCACCAGGGCUUCCUGGGUGGUCGCCACAGUUGGGAGGUGGACGUGGGGGACACGGGGGACUGGGCCCUUGGGGUGGCCUUGGAGUCCAUCCGUCGCAAGGGCCACCUCAGCCUCUGCCCCCAAAGUGGCAUCUGGGGCUUGGAGAAGUGGGGGGGGCAAAUCCGGGCUCUCACCAACCCCAAGGUCACCCCACUUCCCCUCAGGUGGGUCCCCAAGAAGGUCAAAGUCCACUUGGACCACCCUGGGGGGACGGUGGCUUUCCUGGAUGCUGAGGACGGGGGGUUGAUCUUUGUCUUCUCCAGGGUUUCUUUUGGUGGGGAGAAGGUUCAUCCCUGGCUUUGGGUGGUGGGGUUCAGGUCCCACCUCAGGUUGUCCCCCUGA